GAAAAACAAAAAUGUCCUUUUAUAGGACACCACUGGAUAGUUCUGAUGAAGAGGAAUACCGAAAUGAGCGUUCGUCCAAAACCAACAAGUCCUAUCCAUUGAAGAAAGAGGAUUUCAUCCUUAUGGCCAAAGAAAGGAAAAGUGAAGCGAAAAAGGCGAAAACUAUGUCAGAUACGGAAAGCGAACAACCAAGUAAGAAGAAAGAGGUUAAACCUGGUAAGGAAAAAAGAGACAUUCAAACACCGAAUGGAGAAGCUACUGAAGAACAGACACCAGAAGAUUUAUCAAUGGGAAAUGAUGAGGACAUCCCAAAAUUCAAGUCAUGUUCUGAAGAAGAAAUCCGGGCACAGAUUGCGAAAUUUGGAUUUGACGGCUAUAAAAAUUGGAGUUCUAAAAGACCGGAGGAAUUGAAGCUCUUCGGACUUAACUAUACACAGAAACAGCUGUUUUGGAUAAGUGCAGCGAAUAGUGUUAGGACCAGUGUUUAGCGUUCCAGAGUUUGCUGAAGACUUCGGAUGCCCAGAAGGUUCCAAGAUGAUUCGAAAAAAUGAUUGUCACACUUGGUAGGGAUGUUCUGCCAAUAUCUACUCCAGAAUCCGAGCAGCAAAAUUAUAUGGGAAAAAAGACAUAAACGUUUACAAGGCUUUAUUUAUUUAUGUUACAGCUGAGACAACCUUGGUUAUAUGUGCAUUGCUUGUA